GUCCCUAGUUACUGUUGCCAAGGCUACGGCUUGCCUGAGGCGGCUGGAGUCAGAAGUUUUGGGAGCCAGCGCCUGAGAGAGGUCAAGGGUCAGUGCAAGAGCCGAGGAGGAGAUGGUGAAGCAGACGAUCCAAAUUUUCGCCAGGGUGAAGCCCACUGUCCGGAAGCAGCAACAAGGGAUUUAUUCCAUAGAUGAAGAUGAAAAAUUAACACCGAGCUUGGAAAUCAUCUUACCUCGUGAUUUGGCAGAUGGAUUUGUGAAUAAUAAGCGAGAAAGCUACAGAUUUAAAUUUCAAAGGAUUUUUGAUCAGGAUGCAAAGCAGGAGACCAUUUUUGAAAACAUUGCCAAACCAGUUGCUGAGAGCGUCCUGGCAGGUUACAAUGGUACCAUCUUUGCAUAUGGACAAACAGGCAGCGGUAAGACGUUCACCAUCACGGGCGGGGCGGAGCGCUACAGCGACAGAGGCAUCAUCCCAAGGACACUGUCAUACAUUUUUGAGCAAUUACAAAAGGACAGCAGCAAAAUAUAUACAACGCACAUUUCCUAUUUGGAAAUCUACAAUGAAUGUGGUUAUGAUCUGUUGGAUCCAAGACAUGAAGCCUCCAGUUUGGAAGAUUUGCCGAAAGUGACAGUCCUGGAGGACCCUGAUCAGAAUAUCCACCUGAAAAAUUUGUCUCUUCAUCAGGCGACCACAGAGGAAGAAGCUCUGAAUCUGCUUUUCUUGGGUGACACCAACAGAAUGAUUGCAGAGACUCCUAUGAACCAAGCUUCAACCCGUUCUCACUGCAUUUUCACCAUUCACCUGUCAAGCAAGGAACCAGGAUCUGCAACCGUGAGACACGCCAAGCUGCAUUUGGUGGACCUGGCUGGUUCAGAGCGGGUUGCCAAGACUGGAGUCGGAGGCCAGCUUCUGACAGAGGCCAAGUAUAUCAACUUGUCGCUGCAUUACUUAGAACAGGUUAUCAUCGCCCUCUCAGAAAAGCACCGCUCGCACAUUCCGUAUCGGAACUCCAUGAUGACCAGCGUCCUGAGAGACAGCCUGGGAGGGAACUGCAUGACGACCAUGAUCGCCACGCUGUCUUUAGAGAAAAGGAAUAUAGACGAGUCUAUAUCUACCUGCAGAUUUGCACAACGAGUGGCACUCAUAAAGAACGAAGCCAUUCUCAAUGAAGAAAUCGAUCCCAAAUUGAUGAUUAUACGCCUACAAAAGGAAAUCCAGGAACUGAAGGAUGAACUGGCCAUUGUCACUGGGGAGCAGAGGACAGAGGCACUCACAGAAGCAGAGCUCCUUCAGCUGGAAAAACUAAUAACAUCCUUUUUGGAAGACCAGGAUCCAGAGAGUAAACUAGAGGUUGGCACUGAUAUGCGUAAAAUUCAUCACUGUUUCCAUUAUUUAAAGAAACUGCUGAAUGACAAGAAGAUCCACAGACAGAGCACAGCCCCCUCCGAAAACAAAGAUCAAAACUGCCAAGAACCAUUGAAAGAGGAAGAGUAUAAAAAGCUACGUGAUAUUCUACAGCAGAGGGACAAUGAAAUCAAUAUUUUGGUAAAUAUGUUAAAGAAGGAGAAGAAGAAAGCUCAGGAUGCUCUCCACCUCUCCAGCGUGGACAGAAGUCAACUGAGUCAUGGCCAGAGCGCCCCCUUCCCACCUGGGAACCUGGACGGUCCGAAGACAUUGCCACUCUCAGCUCCCACUCCGGCCCUGGACUCCAGCACCUCUCCAUACAGAUCCAGUUUGCUCCACAGAAAAACAGGGAUGAGAGAGGAAAUGUCGUUAGGACGCCAGGAGGCUUUUGAGAUUUUCAAGAGGGACCAUGCUGACAGCGUUACCAUCGAAGACAACAAACAGAUUCUGAAGCAGAGAUUUGCUGAAGCUAAGGCCCUGGGAGAAAGCAUAAACGAAGCAAGAAGUAAAAUUGGUUGCCUGAAGGAGGAAAUCACCCAGCGGCACAUGCAGCAGGUGGCUCUAGGUAUCUCAGAAAACAUCCCCGUGCCCUCGGUGCCAGACCAGCUGGAAGAGAAGCUGCGAUCACAGCUGGAGGAAGAGAAGAGAAGAUACAAAACGAUGUUCGCACGCCUGAAGGCCCUGAAGGUGGAGAUAGAGCAUUUGCAGUUGCUCAUGGACAAAGCCAAGGUGAAACUGCAGAAAGAGUUUGAAGCCUGGUGGGCCAAGGAGGCAACCAGCCUGCAGCAGGUAAACUCCUUAGCAGUGACUCCAUCGAAUCACAUGAAGCCCUUUCCCCAGAUGUCAGAAGCCCAGCACGAAAGGUCCCAGCCUCUCUCUAACAAAAGCGAUGUGUACGCCAGGAAGAUCCUGCCCUCGCCUGGCCCCCUCCUGCACAGCCAGGAACAGAGCAGCCCUGGUGCCCCCAUGGAGGACAGGUUUCCAGUAAGCUCCCCGGUGCAUUGUGGCAGCAAGAACGGACUCCAGAAGAAGGGCUCAGCUCCAGCAGCGAUCUGUGGACUGCUGGAAGCAACUAGUGACCUGGAUCCCAGUUGGGAGGCUGUGUUUCUUUAAGGAUGGAGCCCUGGAUGCUGCCAGUGGGGCUGGGCCAGGCUCACGGUGCUGUCCUUGUUGUGGGUGCUGGAGCUGUGGGCAGCCAGGCAGCGCCGGGUUCUAGGGGUGGAACGAGUGCUUUAGCUCACCCUUGCUGUGGUCUUACACAUAGACGACUACAAGCCUUUGAGAUCAUGAAACAGUACCAUCCUAGCACAGUGGCAGGGAAGCUCAUACUGGUAGAAGGAGGCGGAAAUGAUAAUGGGCUAUCUUUAGCUAUGGGGUUGGCCAAAAAGUUCAUAUGGGUUUUUCUGUAUCAUACAGGAAAAUUGCAAAUGAACUUCUCUGCCAACCCAAUAUUUUCCCGCCACUCCCCUGCCGCAGCCCCUGGGUGAGACGCCCAGGAAUGGCUGGGGCAGUCACACAGCAGGUCAGACCAUAGGCAAGGCAGUGGAGAGCAGCAGGGCAUCCAGAUGGCCAGCCCUGCCCUCCCAGGCCAGACCCUGCACCACCACUCUCAUGGUCCAGAUGACCCACGGGCAACACCUGAAUCAGCUGCGUCUCCCGGGAGCCACCCCUACGGCAGCACCCAGAGGGCAGUGGAUGGCUCCCGGGAGCUCUGCUGAGAACCGAGAGGGGCGGUGUGGGCACCUUGGGCCUCACCUUCACCCCAUGCCUCUGGACUCAGCAGGGUUUGGGCCAAUUCUCCCCGCUCCCACGGAGGAUCAUAUCUCAGGGAGUCCUCUCAGCACUUCAGGCUCAGGGCCAGUGGAGGGUGGGCCACCCCUUAGAGGCCCUUGAGGGGACUGCCACCCGCCUCAGGACACUGGCAGUAGGUCCAAGCCAGCUGCAGCGGGGUGGACGGGGGAAAGGGGAGGGACCCUGGAAAUGCAGCUAACCGAAUAAAAGCGCUUGUCCACUGCCCUGUCACCUCUGGCCCAUGAGUCGCCCAGGGGAGGGAGCAGAGAGAGAGUACGGCAUAGUCAGUUUCCCCACACCCCCUCCCGACCCUUUCAGGUCUGGGUAACAGGAUCAUGCAAGAGAAGCUAGGUGAUUACAUUUCAAAGCUAGACAGAGCUCCUCUGACCCACACCCUUGUUUAUAACAUUAGAAAACUGAAGUGGGGGGAGCUUCCCUGGUGGCUCAGUGGUAAAGAAUCCACCUGCCAAUGCAGGAGACACAGGUUCCAUCCAUCCCUGGUCCAGGAAGAUCCCACAUGCCAAGGAGCCGCUAAGCCCGCAAGCCACAGCUCUUGAGCCUGUGCUCUAGAGCCCAGAGCUGCAGCUACUGAAGCCCCUGCGCCCCACGACAAGAGGAGCCACCGCAGUGAGGAGCCCCAGCACCGCAACUAGAGAGCAGCCCCGGCUCCUUGCAACUAGAGAAGUCCACGUAGCAACAAAGAGCCAGCACAGCCAAAAAUAAAUGAAUAAAAUUAUUUUAAAAAAAGAAAGAAAAAUGAAGUGAAAGGGAGGUCCUGGUUGUUAAUUAUACAGCCAGUUAGCGGCAGAGGUCCCCUCCACAGGCAGCUUUCCCUGAUCACGCCCACUAGAGGGACACCCCCACCCUGGUCACCCUCUACCCCGUCACUCUGUUAUCUUUUCAUCGCUACCUGACAGAUCUCAGAUCUUUAUUUGCUUUUCUUUUUUCCCCUUUAUUGGCCAUGGUGCACGUCUUGUGGGAUCUCAGUUCCCCAACAAGGAUUUGAACCCAGGUCCUCGGCAUUGACAGCAAGCCGUCCACUGGCCUGCCAGAGAAUCCCCUGCUUGCUUCUUCUCUAAUGGCCUUCAGAGCCCACCACCGCCAAGCCUAAAAGCCCCACAACAACAAGGGAUUGCUUGUCCUGCCCAUCACUGUGUCCCCAGCAAUAUGUCCUUAGUUCACGAGUGGCAGAGUCAGAGCCACGCUCCUGCUUCUUGGGCCCCCGUGACCUCCCCUGGGCCCACUGGGCAACCUGGCCCCCACGUGGCAUGUAGCAAAUCCUUGGGAAAGUCCACGGAACCAGUGAGGGGGGCACAAAUUGCCCUCACAGCCUGAUUCUAGAAGCCUGCCCAGGAGCCCGCAGGACACAAACACGCUCU